CUUGGCUGGCUGGCUGGCUGACUAGCCGAAGGUACCGGAAAGCGAAAGGAGUAUUCUGGGUACCACUUCGUCAUUCCCCAUUCCUUUUCCACUCUACCGUCUUUUCCUAAAUCUCCUACACGUACGCGCCGCUCAAGUACUGAACCCACGACCACCCACGACCACGAUGGUCAUAGUUCCGGUCGCCAAGACAGGCGAGGCGGCGCCUCCUGUUCCUCCGGGGACGACGCAACCGCUACUGGCGGGGCCCAGGGAGAACGAAGGGGCUGAAGAGGAGGAGAACGCAUCACUCGUCACCCGUCCAAAGUACCCAUGUACUGUUUGCGAGGAGGUUUUCGAAUCCAAAUCAAGUUGGCGGUGUCAUGAGUCGGGCCAACAUUUUCAAUCCGAGAGUUGGAUAUGCCUCCCUUGUUCCAAGAGGGGCUCCCCGGCGUGGGCGUAUCCCAAAGCCUCCCAAUUUGAGGAACAUCUUGCUAGGAAUCAUUCUGAUCUCUCAUUCGACAUUCAAAAAGGCCAUCUCACCAGCAAAUUCGGUCACAACUUCUGGUGCGGGAUCUGUGCCGAUAUCAUUCCUAAGCAACAAAAGCGAGACAAGGGAGAGGACGAGCGACUAGCUCACAUCAAAGACCACUGGACUACGGGAUGCACUGUUGCUCACUGGAAGAAGCUAAGUCCAGUGAAGCCCUCCCUGGUUGGCCCCCCAGCCGAUCUCCCCAUGAGCAGGCUGGACGUCAGGGAAGAGCUCGAGGUCGAAGCUUUCCCUGCGGCUCUUGACAGCAAUGUCAAAGCGCCAUGGACGGUAGUUGUCGGAGCAGAACGUCUUUACGUGCAGCACGAAUCAUUUCUCUCCAUCCCCCACGGCCUUCGAGACUAUAUAGGGCGGAAAUUUUGGCGAGCUGAGAAAGGCGAAUUCCAUUGCGACAAGGAAGAAUACCAGACAUGCUCUCACAUGUACCGCAUUGCCACUGCAUACAAGUGGCCAGACAUGAUAAAAAAGAGUCGCCAAAUAAUUAUGUCUAGCCACGCUGUUACUAAGAAGGAGCUCGACGAUAUCUCUUUAUAUGCCCUUGAAGUACAUGACACUGAGUUAUAUAACUUCUGGGCGUCAAAGCAAGGGACACUUGGCGAGCUCUUAAGGAUUCCCGAGGAAACCAGAGAAGAAUCGAACGGGCAAGGUCAGUCGAGCAUUCUUGUAGAUUAAAAAGGUAGUCAAGAUUGCAUAUGCCGUAGCCUUGAAAAUUUAAAAUUUUUUUUUUUU